UGUCACCACGGACACCAGCUGGUAAACACAAUUAACUUUACGGCUCCAGUGACAACGGAAUGGCUGCCUUUUAAAUAUGUCGAACCGUGAUCCAUUCCCCUUUCCAAAACUAGAGAACGACUUCACUCUGGGCGGUUAUAGACCACAACAGAGACAAACAUACGACAAGCCUACUCACAUAGCCCAACUGGAAGAACCCUGGGGGCGCCUCCAUGAUGCAGCAACGUUGGCGAGCACCCGGCGAAGUGCAAUGCAUAAUGAAGAGCAAGGGGUUCCACACGACAGCCUUGACUUGCAGCUCAAGUCCAUCUAUGACCAACACAAAGACUUGUUUUGGAGAAAGAAUCAGGUUUUAUACCAAAGGGAAACAGGACCCAUACAAAUGUAGACAAUCAUUCAAAAACAAAUGACUGGUGUUAAAAUGCUGUGAGAGCAUGUGAGCGCCCACAUCAAUGCUCCAUUUGCAGCUCCAGGUGAAGAUCAGGUAGUGCUGCAGGAUGUCGAUCCAUGAUCUUCUUAGAUUACAGUCAGGGUGGAAAUUAUCAGUCCAAAAAAGCUCUAAUGAAAACUGGUCUGUCUGCCCUCAUUGAGUGUGUCCUUCAAACAGCUACCCCAUCUCAAAGGAACCUUUAAAAUAAAUACACUCUUUCAAAUAA